CCGCGUGGAAAUAAUAUUUUCCCCGCAAGGCUGUGAAGAGGGCAAAGCCCUUCAAAUAAUUUAUUUGCACGCACAUUUUUCUCGGCACGGACGGCACAGUUUUCUGGAAGCUCAGAUCGUAUACGGAGGGGGCCAGUAGGACCUAGGCUAUGCGGUUCUGUUUAUUGGACGGCGUGAUGACAUGAGGGGCAUGGAGAAGGCAUGGCAUGGGAGGGGCCAUUUUGUCCGCUGCGUAGCCAGUGCCUAAAGUGGCUACAUAUUUUGCGACGUAGUAAGGUGCGGAGCAGACUCAGUCACAGCAAUGGCGGCCACAAUAGCAGCUCCACCAUCUUGCAAUCUUAAAGGUACAAGUAGUAAUGUCUUCUAUUCUGUCAAAACCCUUGCAAAACCCCUGGGAAAUUCUAAAGCAUUGUUUGGCUCCAUCGUUACGAUACCGCGACGUCAUGCGGGAAACAUGUUAAAAGGUAGUCUUAAGCAAUGCCUCGCAGCGGCGACUGAAACCGUAUCAUCAUCAUCUAGUGUUAAGCACUCCUUCACGAAAAGGAGGGACGGCUUUAUGUACUGCGAGGACGUGAGAAUGCAGGACGUGCUCGAUAGGAUGGAGCACAGGCCCUUCUAUCUUUACAGUAAACCUCAGAUCUCUAGAAAUUACGAGGCUUAUGAGAUUGCUUUGCAGGGCUUGGAUUCCAUCAUUGGCUAUGCAAUUAAAGCUAAUAAUAACUUGAAGAUCUUACAGCACUUGAGGAAGCUUGGCUCUGGAGCAGUUGUUGUCAGCGGAAAUGAGCUAAGAUUGGCCCUUCAUGCAGGCUUCGACCCUUCUAGGUGUGUAUUCAAUGGAAAUGGGAAGCUUUUGGAUGACAUUGUUUAUGCUGUACAGGAAGGAGCCUUAGUGAAUGUAGACAGUGAAUUUGAUCUGGAGAAUAUUGUAGAGGCAGCAAGGAUUGCUGGGAAGAAGGCCCAAGUACUGCUUCGCAUUAAUCCAGAUGUGGACCCUCAGGUUCAUCCCUAUGUUGCGACUGGAAACAAAAACUCAAAGUUUGGCAUCAGGAAUGAAAAACUACAAUGGUUUUUGGAUGCUUUGAAGGCACACUCUAACGAGCUGAAUUUGGUUGGUGCACAUUGCCAUCUUGGAUCAACAAUUACAAAGGUGGACAUAUUUAGGGAUGCUGCAAUUCUAAUGAUUCAAUUUAUUGAUGAAAUACGAAGUCAAGGUUUUGAGAUUAAGUACCUAAAUAUUGGAGGAGGUUUGGGUAUUGAUUAUUAUCAUACUGGUGCAGUGCUUCCUACCCCUAUGGAUCUUAUUGAUACUGUAAGAGAGUUAGUGGUAUCUGGAAAUCUUACUCUCAUCAUUGAGCCUGGGAGAUCUCUUGUUGCAAACUCCUGUGCUCUGGUCAAUCGAGUAAUUGGAGUCAAAACAAAUGGUAACAAAAAUUUCGUUGUGGUUGAUGGUAGCAUGGCAGAGCUUAUUCGUCCCAGCCUUUAUGGAGCUUAACAAGUUAGUACAUGAGUUGUGGAUUAGCUUACCGUAUAUUGAGCUAAUUUCUCUGCCUUCACAAAAUGCCGAAAUUUCAACUUUUGAUAUUGUUGGACCUGUUUGCGAAUCUGCAGACUUUUUAGGCAAGGACAGAGAACUGCCAACACCAUCCAAG